AUGGAAUACCUUCAUAGAUUGUUGUACAAGAUGCAAUUGGAUCCUGGUUUCAAACAUCAUAACAGAUGCAAAGCUGUUCACUUAACCCAUAUCUCUUUUGCAGAUGAUGUUUUAAUGUUCUCAAGAGGUGAUAUUGUCUCUGUGCAGAUGGUGAUGAAAGUGAUGCAAACCUUCUCUCAAUCUACAGGGCUUGUGGUGAAUCCUAGGAAGUGUAGGAUCUUCUUUGGGGGAGUUGACUUGGACACCAAGAUGAGAUUGAAAUCUGUGACAACCUUUCAGGAGGGAGAGAUGCCUUUCAAAUAUCUUGGGGUCCCUAUGACCAGUAGGAGAUUGGACCUACACCACUAUAUGCCAUUGAUUGACAAAAUUGUGGGUAGAAUUACUCAUUGGAGUAGUAAGCUUCUUAGCUAUGCAGAGAAAAUUUAG